AUGCAUUAUGCAUAUCUUGAACUCGAAAAGUAUGACAACGUUGAUGACGAAAAGUUCUACCAGUACAACGAAGUCGAUCCGGUGGACAUUCUACGAACGAGCUACGAACAAUGUAUACGGGAUUGUACAAUGGAGGGCAUAAUCGGUUCUUCAACCGCAUUAAUAGCCAUCCUGCGGGAAGAUGAACUUCGAAUCGCAAACCUCGGCGAUUGUGGCAUUAGCAUCAUUCGAAGGAAUGAUUUCACUUUUCGUAGCGAAGAGCAACAACACUCUUUCAAUUUCCCAUAUCAGUUGGGCACCGGAUCAUUCGAUACACCUCAAGAUGCACAAAGGUACACAAUUAAAGUUCAAUGCGGAGACAUUGUUAUACUCGGAUCGGAUGGAAUUUUUGAUAACCUAUUUGAGGAGGAUAUAUUAGAGGAGAUUGAUCGUUUCUUCUGUCCAAGGACAGGUACCCCGAGUGUCCAUCCGCAAAUGAUCAGUGAGGCACUAGCAUAUCGAGCAAAAAAUGCAAGCGAGGAUCUUAAUAACCCGAGUCCGUUUCAAAGCCGCGCUAUGCAAGAAGGCUUAUACUAUCUGGGCGGAAAGAAAGAUGAUAUAAGCGUCCUUGUGGGCAUUGUAACGGACUCCAAAGAUUUUUCAAACUGA